UUAAAGACAAGUCCAUCAGAAGAGUGCUGACUAAAGGAGUUGCUGGAAUUGGAAAAACAGUCUCUGUGCGGAAGUUCAUUCUGGACUGGGCUGAAGGAAAAGCAAAUCAAGACGUCACCUUCAUGUUUCCACUUCCCUUUAGAGAGCUGAAUCUGAUGAAGCAGAGAAAUCUCAGUCUGAUGGAGCUUCUUCAUCACAUUUUCCCAGAAAUGAGAAAACUAGAAUUACUAGACUCCUACACAGUGGUGUUGAUCUUUGAUGGUCUGGAUGAGUGUCGACUUCCUCUAAAUUUCCAGAAGAAUGAGAGAUUGUGUGAUGUGACAGAGUCGGCCUCGGUGGAUGUGCUGCUGACAAACCUCAUCAAGGGGAAUCUGCUUCCCUCUGCUCUCCUCUGGAUAACCUCUCGACCAGGAGCAGCCAAUCAGAUCCCUCCUGAGUGUGUAGACCAGGUAACAGAGGUACGAGGCUUCAGUGAUCCUCAGAAAGAGGAGUACUUCAGGAAGAGGAUCAGUGAUCAGAGCCUGGCCAAUAAAAUCAUCACACACAUGAAGUCUUCAAGAAGCCUCUACAUCAUGUGCCACAUCCCAGUCUUCUGCUGGAUCUCAGCCACUGUUCUAGAGAGAGUGUUGGGUGAAGCAGAGAGUGGAGAGGUCCCCAAGACUCUGACUCAAAUGUUCACACACUUCCUGAUCUUUCAGAUCAAACACAAGGACCAAAAGUACCAUCAGAAAUGUGACCCUGAUCCUCAGCAGACCAGAGAGAGUAUCCUGGCACUGGGGAAACUGGCUUUCCAACAGCUGGAGAAAGGAAACCUGAUCUUCUAUGAGGAAGACCUGAGAGAGUGUGGCAUUGAUGUUGGAGAAGUGGCAGUGUACUCAGGAGUGUGUACCCAAAUCUUCAGAGAGGAGUUUGGGCUUCACCUGGGGAAGGUGUUCAGCUUUGUUCAUCUGAGUGUUCAGGAGUUUCUGGCUGCUUUAUACACAUUUCUCCGCUUUAUUUUUAGAAAGACAAAUGUGUUAGUGGAGCAACGCACUGGACUUUUCCAUUUCUUCAGCAAGUCAACCAUGUCUGAUCUCCUCAGGAGUGCAGUGGACAAGGCCUUACAGAGUGAGAAUGGACACCUGGACCUGUUCCUCCGCUUCCUUCUGGGUCUCUCACUGGAGUCCAAUCAGACUCUCUUACGAGGCUUAAUGCCACAGACAGGAAGCAGCUCUCACAGCAAACAGGAAACAGUCGAGUACAUCAAGGAGAAGAUCAGGGAGAAUCCAUCUCCAGAGAAAUCCAUCAAUCUGUUCCACUGUCUGAAUGAACUGAAUGAACAUUCUCUAGUGCAGGAAGUACAGACUUACCUGAACAGAGGAGGUGACAGUGGUCUCUGGGGAGCCAGACUCUCUCCUGCUCAGUGGUCAGCUCUGGUGUUUGUGUUACUGAACUCAGAUCAGGAGCUGGAUGUGUUUAAUUUGAGUAAAUAUGACCCAUCAGAGGAAUGUUUUCUGAACCUGCUGCCAGUGGUCAAAGCCUCCAGAAAAGCUGUUCUGUGGGAGUGUAAUCUGACAGAGGAAAGCUGUAGAGUUCUGUCCUCAGUUCUCAGCUCAAACUCCUCCAGACUGAGAGAACUGGACCUGAGUAACAAUAACCUGCAGGAUUCAGGAGUGAAGCUGCUCUCUGCUGGACUGGAGAAUCCACACUGUACACUGGAGAUACUGAGGCUGUGGGGGUGUAAUCUGACAGAGGAAAGCUGUAGAGUUCUGUCCUCAGUUCUCAGCUCAAACUCCUCCAGACUGAGAGAACUGGACCUGGGUUACAAUAACCUGCAGGAUUCAGGAGUGAAGCUGCUCUCUGCUGGACUGGAGAAUCCACACUGUACACUGGAGAUACUGAGGAUGAUUAACUGCAGUAUUACAGAUGAAGGUUGUGCUGCUCUGGCUUCAGCUCUGAGGUCAAACUCCUCAUCACACCUGAUAGAACUGAAUCUGACCGGUAAUAAUCCAGGAGAAUCAAGAGUGACGCUGCUCUCUGAUCUACUGAAGGAUCCACACUGUAAACUGGAGACAUUAUACAUUAAGGAUAAUAAACUCACCAGGACCGGCGUAUGACAGGAGUCUCACCUCAAACCUCUUCUCCAGGAUAAAGCAGAUUUGGUGAAGAGUUAGAAACUGUUCCACAUUUCCAGCAGUUUGGGAGCUGAAUCAUUAAACUUAAAGGAACAGAGCAGAUACAAAGCCAAGAACAGGCAGAAGGUCAUACACAGGAGAAAUCGACACACAUAACGCAAUAUCUGCUGUAACAAAAAAGUAUUUGACCUCCAUUUAUACCAGUUCUCGAAGGCACUUGGAGACUGUGGUCAUUCACCGUAGGACCAAUUGCCCUGACUCAGUAGCAAUACUACCCCCUGGUACUUUAGCGUAUUGUAAGAAUCAUUUUCAUGGCUGCCGUAAGAUUCGGGAUGUCUGGCGCUUCACUUUGUUUGAGAUUGUGACCUACAUUGAUGAAGUGGGAACGCUGUAUAAGAUCAGACCACAUGGAGAAGAUGGUCCCAUUAAAACUGUCUAUUGCUCAGAACUUAAGCCUGUUCUUACUUGGCAACAAUAUACCAGGUAAACCAAUGGGUCAGGUCUACUGGCCCUUUCCAGCCCCAGGAGUGAGUAGAGCCAGAAGGACCUUAGAAUUGGAGAUUAUUCACAAGUGGCCAUAGUCCACACGAGAACGGGUGUAAGGAACUCUGAGGGUCAAGUCCACAUUGAUUCUAGUUCUCAGCCCUCAGUGCUUCAGUCUAGUCCAACAGGGGUACAAAAUGAUUACUCUCUUAUGAGUAUAGGUUCAUCUUUAGCGUCUCAACCCCAGGCGACCACACGAGAGCAAGAGUUGAAUUUAGAAUCUUCUCUAGAUCUUCAUAUAGCUUAGUCACUUGAUCAGUCAGGAAUGGGUUUAGUUUCUAGGACAUCCUUUAGGCGUUCUACUCAUGGGACUCUCAGUGUUCACUGGGAUGGUGACCAUUGAAGGUAGGGGUGAAUUUGGCAAAGUUGGUUGGAGGUGCUGUUGCGCAUGCCCACUAGAGGGUGGACUGACUCUUUAUACUCAUCACUUCCUGUCUAUAGAACCAUGUCCAGUGCUUGAAUCCUUUGCUACACUGUGAUUGUUGGUUGCUGGAAGAACAAGUUCUGUUGAUGGCAAAUGUGUGUUAUAAAUGUGCCAACGCCAUAUAUACCUACCUGGACAGGCUAUUAUUUCGGGGGCUUGGUAGCGUGUGGUCAUAAUUUGUCUGCAUCACAUUGAUUGUGUGUGGGUGUGAAGAUGAAAAAAAUACUAACAAUACCAUCAAACCCAUAUGUGCUUGUUGAAUAUCCCAUUACAGAUUUAGUCCCCCUUUGCUGUUAUAAUAACCUCCACUCUUCUAGGUAAUCUUUCCACUUUAUUUUGGAGCAUGGCCUUUGGGAUUUGUGCAUUUGAGCAUGCAUUUCACCUCCGGAAGAGGAGACUAAAGGGGGAAACCCCUCCCAACAAACAACAACUGAAAGAAGCUGUGGUAAAAGCCUGGAAAAGCAUCACAAAAGAAGAGUGUAACAAUUUGGUGAUGUCAGAGGAUCGCCGCCUGAUUAUUUAUUGCAAGGAAGGGAUAUGCAACCAAAUAGUCUUCAAGGAAAUCAAAGUAAAUAACACUAUCUGUUCCAAUAUUUUUGCUCACCUCAAAAUGUUCUAAGGUGUUUAACACAUCUAGAUGUAUAUAUCAGGAAAUUAAAGCUUCAAUUUUGAUCUAUUGUCUCAUUCAUCUUUUGAA